AUGCUGUUCAAAUUGUUCCUGGCCGAGCAGUCUGGAAAAGCCAACAUAACGGUCGAAUGUCCCAUAAAACACACCAAAUUAUCCAAAUUUACGGCAAAAACAUUCCUCUUGCGUUCUACCGCUCUCUCGGAAGACUUGAAACGGCAUCAGAUCCCUGAAAAAUGUAAAAAAAUGGCCGAGCAGUCUGGAAAAGCCAACAAAACGGUCGAAUGUCCCAUAAAACGCACCAAAUUAUCCAAAUUUACGGCAAUAACAUUCCUUUUGCGUUCUACUCCUCUCUCGGAAGACUUGAAACGGCAUCAGAUCCCUGAAAAAUGUAGAAAAAUGGCCGAGCAGUCUGGAAAAGCCAACAUAACGGUCGAAUGUACCAUAAAACGCACCAAAUUAUCCAAAUUGACGGCAAUAACGUUCCUCUUGCGUUCUACCGCUCUCUCGGAAGACUUGAAACGGCAUCAGAUCCCUGAAAAAUGUAGAAAAAUGGCCGUGCAGUCUGGAAAAGCCAACAUAACGGUAGAAUGUACCAUAAAACGCACCAAAUUAUCCAAAUUGACGGCAAUAACAUUCCUCUUGCGUUCUACUCCUCUCUCAGAAGACUUGAAACGGCUUCAGAUCCCUGAAAAAUGA